UAUAACUCGUAGAAGUAGUCGGCUGUAUAGAUAGUAGUGUCAAAGAAAAUUUUCGAGGCCUAAAUUUUUCAGUUAUUGUUUGGUUUGAAGAUGGAGAGUCCAAAACUUGUUGCAAUAUUUUUUGUUAUUAUGGUUUGCUUGCAAGUCGAGGGAUGGGUAGCCAUUAUUGUAUCGAGUCCUGGAAAAAAAACAGGGGGCUGUUAUACGGAAAAGUAUAAUUUGGGAGAAAUGAAAGUGGGAGAAGAAAAGCCUGUCCCAGGUACAUGUGCCCAAGCAACGUGUACAAAUGAUGGAAUUAUCAACUUGGAAGGAUGCAGUAAAGUUGUCGCCGAACCUCCAUGUUACUUAACUGACGGCGAUCUCUCGAAGCCUUUUCCUCACUGUUGUCAAGAAAUGCAUUGUAAAGAAGAAAAUGAGAUAUAAUAUAUCUAUUUUGCCAAUCUAGUUGCUGUGUACUAAAGAAAAGUUAAAUUUCUGUAUUUGUAUAAUGCGGACACUGUUGAUUGGAAUAAAAACUACAAUUAAAGUGGA